CUCUACUGUUCAAUAAGAUACUACUGUUGGUCAAUAGUUACUGGUUUUCGAUUGUGAACUAAUUGGUAUAAAAAGAUUUAUGGUUUUGAUCAUUGUGAAAUAAUUUACAUUACUAUAGUGAUAAAUUCUAUUUCCAAUUUUUAUAAUUGUCAUCUUUAUAGCCUACUCUACGAAAAACGUUUUUGGAUUUAUGCUUACAUUUAACUACUGUAUUAUGUUGUCGUAUGACACCAUUACAGAAAGCAUCAGUUGUACAACUUGUACGUUCAGGUUUAUCAGAAUUUGGUACACCUCCGAUUACAGCUGCAAUAGGUGAUGGUGGUAAUGAUGUUGCAAUGUUAUUACAAGCUAAUAUUGGAAUUGGUAUACAUGGUAAAGAAGGAAAAGAAGCUGUGCGGGCUUCGGAUUAUGCCAUUCCACAGUUUAAACAUCUACAACGUCUUCUUUUAGUUCAUGGACAUCGAGCUAAUUAUCGAAUAUGUUUAACAAUGGAUUUAUUCUAUUAUAAAUGUGUUGCAUUUGUAACAACACAAUUACUUUAUACAUUUUAUAGUGGUUUCUCAGCUGUAGCAACAUUUGAAACUGUUUUAUUUUCAAUUUACAAUUUAACUGUAACAUCGUUAAUGUGUUUACUUUUUGGCUUGUUUGAACGUCAUUUACCUGAUGAUAUAUUAAAUGCGAAUCCAUAUCUUUAUAGAAAGCUUAAACAUCAAGCAAACUUGAGAUCAUGGUAUGUUUGUCUAUGGAUAUUAGAUGGAAUAUGGCAUGGUACUAUAAUAUUUUAUGGUACUACUUAUUUUCUUACUGGUGGAAAUCAUUUCUCCGAAAGUACAUUUUAUGAUUCACAUGGAAAUAUACAACAAUUAUUUGAUAUGAGUCUUUAUGGAUGUGCAACUUAUUUGUUUGUAUGGUUUUCAGUAAGUCUACGUAUUUUCAUUGCAUCACGCGAUUACACUAUUAUAAUAUUUGGAGGAAUUCUAUUUACUUUGAUUGGGAAUAUAGCAAUAUUAAUUGCAUUACAAGGUACAACAACACUUGACAACAUCAAUUUUCGCAGUUAUACGAAAUUAUGCCGAAGUCCAACAUUCUGGUUUGCUCUACCGCUUAUCUUAUGUGUAGCUAAUUUUCCAUCUUUAUUGUGGAGAAUCAUCUCGGACGCAUGGUGGAAUCUACAAAUUUACUUAAGUAGUAUACCUCAUAAGCAGAUUCGUCGAAAAUAUCGUCGAUCACCAAUGAUCUGGUUUUUGGCAUUAACGACUAAUUACCUGACUGAUUCAUAUGAUAUAUUUCAUCGAAAUGAAAUUAAACAAGAUAAUUCAUAACUUAGGCGAAGCGAAUAGUUCCACAAUACUAUCAGCCGAUGUAUACAAUAAUCAAUCAUCAAAUUAACAAUGAGUGUAAAUAAUAGAAAUUGUAAUGAUCAAUGAUGUAAAUUAUACAUAAAGGUUUACCAGUGCUUUCUCUUUAGUGUUCCAAUCAUAUUUUUUUUUCUUUUAAACGUUUUUUUUUAAACGAAACAAACAAUUUAUCCACAUUAUUUUGUUUUUCUAAAAAAAGCCAAUAUCUAGGUUUAUUCUAAAAUAACAAGUUUUUUUGCAAUGAAUUUACUUUUAUGUACUUCUUCAAGGUACUUAUUGUACUUGAACAUUGUUCCAUAUCAUUUAUUAUACUGAUAUGUAAGUGCUUAACAUGGUUUCUUUUCUUUUAAUCUCCGGUAUUGUAUACUAUUCUAGAAGAAUAUUCUCUGUGAAUUAUUCUUCUAUUGUAUCUUUUACUGUCUUCUUCUUACAUAACAAGCAAUGGGUUUUUUAAUCUAUAAAUUGGUGUUUAUUUGACUACCUUUUAUUGAAGAUGUUAAGUGAACCUCACUAUUAAUAUUUCUAUUUUGUGAAGAUUUACGUGUUUUUAUAUGAUUAUUUUUUAUAUGUAUGCAAUGUACUUGAAUAUUGGUGUUUUAUUUCUGGACAAUAGAGUUUAAUUAAAAUAACCAACCAAUAAAAGUAAUUGGGACUUCCGUAAGAUACGUUUG